AUGAUACGUGAUCUGCAAAGUGAAAUCAAACAACUCUAUCGUGAUCUCAACGAACGAACGCAACAACUCACUGAGGCUAAUAGUAAAAUUGAGAGUUUAACACAGUCGAAUGCGGUUGUUGAAGAGCAAUCGAAAAAGGUAUCAGUCUCUUUACAGCAACAAACAAAAGAACGAUGGAGCGUUGAUGAGGAUAUCGUUGACGAUGCUCAAAUGAAUCAAAUCGUAAAACUUUUCAUCGAAUCAUUUUCCUUAUGA